AUGGCUUUAGUCUCACUGCUUGAUGGGCUUCAAGGCCUACGACAGCUGGGCUCGAACAGUAUCAACUACUGGUACGUUGGGGGUGGCAUUUCUGCUCUAUUCUCAGUCUAUGCUUUUGUUCUUGUUGUCUACCGUCUCUGGUUCCAUCCUCUCGCCAGAUUCCCAGGCCCAAAGCUGUUGGCAGCGACAACAUGGUAUGAGACGAUAAUUGACCUUUUUCACCAUGAUUUCCCUGAGCGGUUGGCAAAAAUACACAAGGAAUAUGGCCCAAUUGUGCGAGUCGCUCCAAACGAGAUACACGUCAACGAUGCCGACUUCUUCCAGAGCGUCUUUGUGGCCGCUGCAAAACACCGAACCGAUAUCAUUCCCCCCCGUGGACUUGGCCAAGAUGAUUCUAUUGGCUCAACGCCAACACACGACAUGCAUCAGAUGCGUAGAAAACCUCUAGACAAAUUCAUGGGCCGACAGAACAUUGUUCGCCUCCAGCACAUCAUUCAUGAAGAAAUCAGGACUCUGGAUCGAAAAAUGGCGGCGUUGAAGGGCACCGGGAAGCGCGUUCGCCUCGAUUGUGUAUUCACUGCUUUUACUGGAGACAUUGUCGGACAAAUCGCCUGUGGUGAAAGUCCAGCGCUUCUGGAAGGUGAAGAUUUUACACCAGAAUGGUACGAUAUGAUCCGAGGAGCUGCGCGCAUUAUUCCCGUUCUGCGUCACUUUCCCCAGGUUGGCGAAAUAACACAAAUAUUGCCCAAUUGGCUUGUUCAAACUCUUGUUCCCCAGUCUGCCGGCUUCAAAGUUUUGCAAUUGCUGGGAGAGAAGCGUAUUGCACGUGUCAGAACCGAAAUAGUGACGGAGCCCAAGGGUGGAUAUGAAGGCGACUCCAUGUUUCACCACCUACUUCGAAGUGAUAUUCCCGAUUCACAAAAAGAAACCGCUCGGUUAAAUGCUGAGGCUGUAUCCUUCCUCGGUGCUGGAACUUACCCUACUGCUGCGACUCUCAUCUUUGUUGCGUAUUACAUUCUGGCAGACUCCAAGAUUGAGGCGCGUCUCCGCAAUGCUCUGAAGGACGUCAUGGCCAAUUUUGAUGAAGAGGUCCCCAACUGGAUCAAGGUGGAACAAGUAGAGUAUCUGGACGCAUGUAUCAAGGAAGGCCUUCGACUGCUGCGUCUGUUCCGGCGAAAAUCCCGCAUCUCAACGGACCUUGACCUCGUAUACGGGGAUUAUGUCAUUCCGAAAGGCACCCCCGUCAGUCUGUCUCCGUACACUAUGCACAUGGAUCCAGAUAUUUUUCCAGAGCCCGAGACUUUCAACCCAGAUCGAUGGUUGACCAAGAAUCCGGAUCCUCGCAUGGAGAGAAAUCUCAAUCCAUUCCUCGGAGGUUCUAGAAAUUGCAUUGGAAUGCAUGUUGCGUGGGCUCAGAUGUAUCUCAUCCUGGGCACACUGUUUCGGCCGAAUAAGAGCUAUCAGCUUGAGUUGGGCGAGACUGACGAGUCAGAUGUCUACCCUGUAGUAGACAACGAAUUUGGAGUUGCGAAGUACGGGUCACGGGGCCUUAAUGCUGUUGUAAACUAG